AUGGCCCCUUCGCCUCUCGCCGACUCUGCUCGUCAUGAAGAAAGCAAGAACGAACACGAAUCGAAUAACAAAUUGCCAGUUGGGAGACGCGUGCUGGGAGUGGUGCUGCAUCAUCUGAAGAAGCAUGUUGGCGUAGGUCUGGUCUGCGCUGUGGCCUACUUCGACCCAGGAAAUUGGAGUGUCGAUCUACAAGCAGGCGCGACGUUCGGCUUCCGGCCGAUGCUGUUUGUAGUGCUUCUGGCUGGCAUCGGAGCGGUUGUAUUCCAAUCUAUGGCGUUCAAGCUGGGAUGCGUGACCGGACUGGAUCUAGCGUCCCACUGUCGGCUCAUGUUGUAUAACCGACCUAAGCAUACACGUCUCGUUAGAUACGGCGUCCUCUACCCCCUCUAUGCUCUAUGCGAGAUCGCCAUCGUGAGCACGGACCUGGCCGAACUCCUAGGAUCAGCUAUCGGACUCGUUCUACUCAUUCCAUCACUACCCAUCUGGGCCGCAUUACUGUUAACGGCGUUCGACGUAUUGGUCUUCCUGCUGAUCGGCGAUCCUUCACGCAACGGUGCACGACGGGCGAAGGUCUUCGAGAGUGUUGUGGUGAUCUUGGUCGGCCUUGUAUUCAUCGGGUUCAUCAUCUUGCUCGUCGGCGUACAUGUGAACUGGGGCCACGCCUUCAUGGGUUUUAUUCCCUCCGCCAAGCUAUUCCAGUCGGAGCCUAACGCCAUCUACACUGCUGUAGGGAUACUAGGCGCCACCGUCAUGCCACAUGCACUCUUCCUGGGAUCACAUCUAGCCACACAAGAUCGCAUCUCUACUGCGCCUGCGCCCAUACCCCUGCCCGCGGGAACCGAAACUCUUCCACGACGCAAACGUGCCGUAGCAUAUUUGAAGUCAUUCUUCAUGGUCACCCGUUCAGAGCGAAUCGCGGAAGAUAGACAACACCGCAACCAGUUUGCUCGUCCCGAGAACAACCCCUACAAGUUCGUGCGAGCGCAUCUGGGCCACGGGAUCGUGGACAUCGUGACGAGUCUGCUGUGUGUGGCGGUGCCCAUCAAUUCUGCAAUACUCAUCAUUGCUGCUGUCGUGUUUUUCCCAGACCCCAUGCCGCACGACCAAGUUGGGCUAUUCGAAGCGCAUGAGAUCAUACAGACGAGAGUCGGCUCAGCGUUCGGAGUGAUCUUCGCCAUUGCCCUGCUCUGCGCAGGCCAAACGGCAAGCAUCACCGCAACGCUCGCGGGCCAGAUAGUUUCCGAAGGCUUCAUCGAGUGGCGCAUCUCGCCCGUCAUGCGUCGAAUCAUCACCAGACUACUCGGUCUCAUCCCCUCGCUCAUAGUAGCCACAGCAGUCGGCCGAAAGGGCAUUGAUGCGUUGCUGGUCAUAUCCCAGGUUGUACUCUCCAUCGUACUUCCCUUCGUCGUCCUCCCUCUGGUCUACUUCGCCUCCGAUCCUACCAUCAUGGGCGUCAACCGCCCAAUACUGCCAUCACCACCGACGACGCAGAGCGCGGCAGCCCCGAUCACGAUUACGGAGAAGUCCCUCGCCAGCACCGCUUCCUCAACAUCAACCUCGACGCCUCGAAUAUCCACCGAUCUCGAGCUCUUCGCCUCUUUUGUAAACAGCGCAGACUCGGCCGAGGAUGCUUUGCGAGACGAUUGCUCAAUCAACACUGCCCAGUGGCUGGGAGAGACGAGCUCCGUAUCCGAAGACGCAGGCUCGCGUGCGGAUGUCAUCACUGAAGUGGCUGUGGCACUUGAUCAUGAAGACCGUGACGUCACGGAAGAGGUGGAUUACAGCAAUGGACUGGUGAUGAAGGGCAUUGGGUAUCUCUUUUGGAUCGUUAUUGUUGUCGCGAAUGUCUACGCUUUGGUAGAGCUCGCUGUGGGGAAUACAUCGUGA